CUUUGUUGUGAAAGUAUGAAUGUAGGAAACAGCCUGCAGGAUAAUUUCUGGGAAGCUCCGGGUUCGUGAAAUCGUUCCAAAUCUGCCGUUUUGUAAAUCGGAGUGAAUUCGGAGUGCGUUCCGAGAAUGAAUACCUCGGGAAAAGGAAAGACGACAUUCCUGAAAUCUUGCUUUUAAAAGGUUUGAUUUGCAAUCCCUCCUCCGGGGGAAAACAUGAACGAGUGAAUGUUAUCAGUGGCGAUCGCGAAAGAAAGGGGGGAGUGGGACCCGGAAGCAGAUGUGGGUCUAAGCUUGCUUUGAGCUGUGCCUAUGGGAUUGGAGUCAGGAAUGGAAGAUGAAUGUGUUAGAGAUGGGGGAGACCUGCUUACGUCCAGCGAGGAUGAGGACACGGCCGAGGUCGGCCGGGCCACGGAGCGCCCACCCCAUGCAGUGGGAAGCCCUGAUGCCGUCGCAGCCGAGCAGCAGCAUGAGGAGGAGCACUCCACCCGGUUCGGGACCUGCCCUCCACCCGCUGACCGGCGCAACACUGAGGAGUGUCCCGCCGGGCUCGAGUCUCGCCCGCCGUCCGGAGACCUCCCGGACAAUGAGAGCGGACCUCCGCCGGCCGCCCCGGGGUCGCAGCACGUCUACUGCACUGUCUACUGCGUGGAGAAUGAGAACAGCAGGAACUCGGCGCUGGGAGGCGAAGGUGAACAGACGAGUAACCCUCCUGACUCGGGCCGAUCCUCACCGACCGCCCUCAGUCGCCGGACGGACCGGGGCACCGCACAUUCCCCGACACCAGAAGGAUCCUCCAUUUCGGAACCCUUUAACAUCUCCCGGCACAUCGACAUUAAUUCGCUGGGAAACCUUUACGUUGGAGAGUAUAAACAGUUAGUUAUUUUGACCUGUCGAGUUUGUCUGGAUGACAAACCCAUCCGACCACUUCCUUGUUGCAAGAAGGCUGUGUGCGAAGAGUGUUUGAAGAGAUACCUCAGCAAUCAGGUACAGCUGGGAAGAGCAGAGAUAAAAUGCCCUAUUACUGAGUGCAGCAAAUAUAUGGAUGAAAGCACUGUCAUCUCCAAUUUGCCUCGUGAUGACAUUGUCAAGUACAGUUACUUCCUAGAGCUGAGCAGGGUGGAUUCCAGCACAAAGCCCUGUCCUCAAUGCAAGCAUUUUACAACUUAUAGACGGAAGAGCAACAUUCCAACCCCUACAAAGUCAGAGAGCAAGUUCAAAAUUCAGUGUUCCGUGUGCCAAUUUGUUUGGUGCUUUAAGUGUCACUCUCCUUGGCAUGAAGGUUUAAACUGCAAAGAAUACAGAAAAGGUGAUAAGCUGUUACGCCACUGGGCCAGUGAGAUUGAGCAUGGACAAAGAAAUGCUCAGAAAUGCCCAAAGUGCAAGAUUCAUAUCCAGAGGACAGAAGGCUGCGAUCACAUGAAUUGUUCACAAUGCAACACUAACUUUUGCUACCGCUGUGGGGAGACGUACCGGCACUUUCGAUUCUUUGGUGACCAUACUUCCAAUUUAAGCAUUUUUGGAUGUAAAUAUCGCUACCUCCCUAACAGACCACAUUUACGAAGAUUAGUCCGUGGUUCUGUCUGUGCUGGGAAGUUACUGAUUGCUCCUUUGAUGCUGGUUUUGGUUGUGGUGGUUGGAGCCAUAGCAUUUGUAGUAGGUUUGUUUGUCUUUCCUAUCUAUUACAUUUGUAAAAAGCAGAGGAAACGAUCGCAGACUGGUAUGUUUACAUAAACAGAAGUCUCACUUACACGGGUAACGACGGAUGUGUCAGGGUCUUCACAGAACUCCGCAGUGAGAAGCAAUAGCACGUAACUAACAACUAGAUAUCGAACAAAUGUGAAACUGGGAAUGUUGCCAUGAAUUUUAUUUUUUUUUUUGGCCAUAUUACCAAGCAGUACACCAUCCUCAGAAUACUUCCAAAGAUCUGGCUACAAGCACUGUGAUGUACAACUCAAAGAAAGAAGAAAAUAAUCAAUUUGUUGCGAAGUGGCUGCAUCAGGAGUAAAACAUAAGCGUGCUAAUGAAGGGGCUGUUUUACCAUUUUGCACAUGUUAGUUAUGAUCAUGGAUGGUGCGAGCCUGUAGUAACGUUUGCACUUCCUGUAUUGUUCUAACACAGUCUUAAUAUCUUAAUUUCUGAAGAAUACUUUUUUCUGCACUAUAUGACACUUCUGUUCCUUUUGUAAUGGAAAAAUAUCAUCUCAAGGAAUAGUCACAUGUUACAUGCUCCACUGCAUUUGGCCCUCAUCUAUAUCAUCCAGUUGUUAACAGCCAUCAUUUUUAGAAUUGCAAUUAUAAUUCAGCUGAUCCAUGAAGAAUUAAACUGGGGAGUUUUAGAAGGGAACUCAAGUUAACUCUUCUAUUUAGUCCAAAGAGCAAGCAAUCCUUAUCAUUAUAAUACUCAAGGAGCUUAAAUUGUAGCCAACGUAAUGUACAUAGUCUGUUUUUUACCCCCAGAUGAAGAACUGCCCUUUAUUUUAGUAGUGGGAAUUAUUAGAAUCUGGUUGAAGUUAACAGUUUGCUGAAAUAUGAAUGGCAGAGAUCUUGCAAAAAGCGAACAUUUGAUUGUUGUUAUUGAAUCAAUGAUUGGUGUCAUCAAUAUUUAAAAGUAAGCUGUUGGGGACCAGAAGCAGUAGGUGUAAAUAAUUUAAAAUGCUGAAGGAAUUUUUAUUUUGGGUUUUAACAAUCCACUUCUGUAGCUCUGAUCACUGGUCACAGAUGGACUCAAGUGUGUCAGUGAGCACUACCUGCUUCUCAACAGGAAGAGCUGUGGAAGAGAGCCGGGGUGCCAGGUGGGCUCUCCCCAUCCGGGAUCUGUGAGGAGCCACAGUGCAUUCAAUGAAAGUAUGAGUUCUUGGCAGCCUGGGAUUUUCCCACUUCGCUAAAUUGCCUCAUGCAACUUGCGACUAAUUGCCGGGAGAGCAGAAGAGAAGAAAGUUCUUCCUUCAGCAGCUUGCAUUCCAUCUAACAUCAUCAACUGAUGCCAUAUAAGGUAACUUUUUGUGCCUUAAGAGGAGGAGAUCCCUCUGCUGCUGAUAGCCAUGCUCUAUGUAAGAUAUAUAUUAACUCUAUACUGCAAUAAGAUGAGUCUCAUGGUUGUCAUUAUCAUAAUUUGAAAAUAAGAAAAACUUAAUGUCGACUUUUGCAGAGAACUGCAGAAAAAUGUUGUAAGUUUGGGAAGAUGUGGUUUUGCUAGAAAUGUUUCUUCAUAGGUACCUCCUUUCACUAGCUGAUCCAAUAAUAUGAGAAAAAUAGUUCAGAUAUUGUAGUAUCUCACAGUUAUUAUCUAUUUUGGACUUCUCCUUUUAAACCGAUUCAAAGUUCAGUACUUUAUCAAAACUCUGCUGAAAUAUUUAAAAAAGAAUGUUUUAUAAAUUCUUUAUUUAAAUAUUAAUUUGUAGCAAGUUAUUUUUCAAUUAAAGUAAUAAGAAACUCAGUAUUAAUAUAACCAGUCAUAUCCUGCACACCUGGCAAAGUUGGCAUUUUAUUUUACUGGAUAGCAAAAAGUGGUUUGAGAUUACUGACUUUCAGUUUUAUAACUUCUAAAAGCCCAAUAAAAUACUUAGUUGAAAAUGUUGAUAGAUACAAUAUAACUCCAGCAAAACUUGACAUCCAGUUGUGUUUUUUGAGUGUAAAACGAUGUUUUCAUGAUUGGCUGAAUAUUAUGAUAAAAUUAUACAAAUUGAGCAUGAUUUAUUGUUAUAGUUUCUGUGAGUUUAAGACCAUAAAAUAGUAACUAGUGCGAAAAGUUUAAGUUCCAAACACGUCUUUGCAAACAAAGCUUAGAAAAUAUUGAGCAAUGAAUUAGAUCCAUGAAGAAACCAAACUUGCACAGAACACGGUCAGCACAAUUAAAACUUCCUCUGGCACUGAGCUCACAACAAGGAAGUGCAGGUCAUGGAAUUAACCUAUAACCUGUGUAUAAUUAAAAGCAACAUUUUUUUGGUCGAUUUGUUUUUAUUAACCACUGGACCUUUAUCAGUUUUGACCUGAUUACAUUUGCAAACUUUAAUUCAGAACAAAAAGGACUUCUUUGGAUAUGCAGAAUUUUUGUUAUCAUACAAUAUGGACUUUACUAAAACCAAAGAUAUUUUACUUAGUUCCAUCAAGUCAUAUAUAAUAAAAGAUGAUCGUGGGGUUUCACAUCUCUUCAUCCCUAAAUUAAAAAAAACUGCCCUUGCUUUAUUUUGAAUUAUUGAAACUGAUUGAAGCUAACAGGUUGUUGAAAUGUGAAUGGCAGAGAUCUUGCAAAAGGCAAGGUUAAUUUAUUGUUGAUUAAGUGACCUAAACAAGAGACAAUUAAGUUCAUCACUUAUUCAGAGAUAUUUUGUAUUCUUUAUCAGUAAUAUGGUUGUAUAAAUUGUGCACUUCCAGUUUGCACAAUAAUCUCCUAAAAACAGCAGGCUUCUUUUUAAAGCAACUUUCUGGCCAAGUCUGGUUUGUCUAAGCUGGUACACGACUGGCAUGAGAAAUGAAACAAAAUUUGAAAUUGCUAAUAAUUUGAGAGUAAUAUUUUUAAAUCUAUUAAGGGGCUAAUUUAGCAAAACCACAACCCACAAUGAAAUUUUGUACAAUAUACUUCACUUUUGCAAUCGGUAAUAUCCACUCAGGUCACCCUUUUGUUCUGUUUCCUUUCGUGUGCCCUUUAUAACAAGACAGUUAAUUUUCCUCAAAAUGUUACGAAGUUAACUGCAAGAGCAAAUGGAUAACUAAACAGCUACAGAUUUUCUUAUGUAAGUGAUUUUUGAUGUAGGCAGUGUAUUUCUGUUUCCAAAUAGCUACAGAAUUAAUGAAAACUGCAUAGUGCCCUUAAAUGUCUGUAUUAAUAGACAAUUCAUUACCAAAGGAUGUGCCUUUUUUAUUUGACAUGAUUUCAUCAUCUUUUCACGAGCAAACUGCAUAAAAUUUAGCUAAUUAGCAAUGAUCCAGAGUGCAAACACAAAGAAGUUCAUAUUUUAAUGCCAAAUUAAAUUUCCUUUAUUU